AUCUUCACCAAACCUGAAGACAUAUGUUCCCUGAGCAUUCCCGAAGCUAACUCCGAACCUCAAACUGUUUCCUCUUCUCUCUUUUCUGCUCUUUCACAGAGUCUCAGGGACAGGAAUCCUGGUUUUGCCCGAAGCUUCGAGCCCUAAGCUAUGGCUGUCACCAAGAUUUACAUAGUGUACUAUUCGUUGCACGGCCACGUUGAGACAAUGGCAAGAGAGGUUCUCCGAGGAGCAAACGCCGUUCCAGACGUGGAAGCAACACUCUGGCAAAUACCGGAGACAUUACCUGAGAAGAUACUGGAGAAAGUGAAAGCCGCUCCAAGGCCAGACGAUGUGGCGGAGAUUCGAGCAGAGCAACUUGCGGAAGCAGACGGAUUCAUGUUCGGUUUUCCUUCUAGGUUCGGAGUGAUGGCGUCACAAUUCAUGACCUUCUUUGACAACACAUAUGACCUCUGGACUUCACAGGCUCUGGCCGGGAAACCCGCCGGAAUCUUCUGGAGUACAGGUUUCCACGGAGGAGGCCAAGAACUCACUGCAUUGACGGCAGUGACAAAACUGGCUCAUCAUGGGAUGAUAUUUGUACCGUUGGGGUACACAUUUGGUAAAGGCAUGUAUGAGAUGGAAGAGGUGAAAGGUGGUUCGCCGUAUGGCUCAGGGACUUAUGCAGCUGAUGGGUCGCGCGAGCCAACUGAGCUGGAGAUUCAGCAGGCAAAUUACCAUGGUAAGUACUUUGCAGGUAUAGCCAAGAAACUCAAGAAGCGGUCUCCUGUCUAGAACCGAAUCGACAAUGUUCUUUCAUGUACUAAUUUAUCUGUAAAUGUAAAGGAGGAGAAGCCUGAAAAUAAGAUCUAUCAUAUACAGAGACAAAAAAAACAUCUGUGUAGCUAAUGGUCAACAAAACUCAGAGACAUUUGAUCAUGUAAAGCAUUACCACUUGAUAUCAAUAUGAACUAUAUCACUA